GUACACAAAGAUGCGGGAGUAUUUUCGUUCUCUGAAGCAUUCUGACAAUUCAUCCUGUGCUCAAUCUCCAAUGCGCUGUCGACCUGCCUCAAACUCGAUGUGACACUGCUGUUGGAGUCGAAAAGAGAGGAGCGAGGCUCAUGCGCGUGGGCUGCUUUGCAGUUCGGAGGUCCGUGGACCACGAACCACGGCAGCGGUCGGUUCCCCCCGGCGCCCAGGCAGAACGGGUGAGUGGAAGCCAAGCAUCGAUGGUGGCACGUGAGCACUACCCAUGACAACGAGCAAUGUGACUCAGCCGUCGUCACUUCGCCCGUUGCUGAGACGACAUCUGAUAUAAAUCACAAGUCUUGGCCUCUUCUUUCUCAUCCAACUCUCUCAGUCGACCCCCUGCCCCCCUUCAUCACUGCCACCAUGCCACUCUCCGGCUCGUGCCUCUGCGGCGCCGUAACGGUCACGAUCAAGGAUCCUGCGCCGGUCCUCGCCGAAGGGCUGGAAGUAUGCGGCUGCACCGACUGCCGGCAGUUCACGGGGUGUGCGCGCGGCGCCGAGUUCCUCGAUGCGCAGACGGCCAACGUCGAGUUCAAGGGCGCAGACAACCUCAAAAUGUACGAGAAGGGCACGGACGCGGGCAACAAGUACAAGCGCCACUUUUGCGGGACAUGCGGCAGCUCGGUAUACGACCAGACGAGCAUGCGGGAUGGCAAGCAGCUGGUUGUGCAUGCUGGUGGGUGCAGCGAGUCGAGGGCUGCUAGGAGGCGAGACGGAGGGCGCCAGGAGGCAGCGCAAGAGUCGCUGAUGCCAGGCGUCUUCCCGCCCGGAUCGCUACCCAAGCCCAGCGUUUACAUUUGGCGACGCAGCGCUGAGGAGUGGGACGCGCCGCUGCCUGGUGUCAUGGCGCUGGACAAGCAGGACAUGCCGGGGGAGGGGGAGUAGGAGGUG